AUGAUGCGAAUAAAGGAAGCGAUCCAGAGGCGUCGCAUGAUUCAGGAGAUGACGGAUGGAUGGAACGCUUGGGAGGGAGAACUCGCCGAAUCCGCAUCACCUCCUGGAGUAUCCACAUUCACCAAGUCAUCGUUCAUCGAGAAUCGCAAGCUAGCAUCGCUUCCGUCCAAUGAAGAUGAUCAGCAAGCAGCGAUUACCAACAGCAGUGAAAUUGCUUUGCAACAAUUCGCUAAUCAUUUGAAAUCACGAAUGAACACUUUUCAGAAUCGCGCACUACGAAUCACAUGGAAACGGCUUUCGGAAGCACCUCGAACGUCUGGUCGUGGUAAUAUUAACAUCAUGGAGAAGGUGUUCGAGAAAAUGGUUGAAAAUUGUGCAGACGUGAUGCCGAUCUUCUAUCGGAGUGCUUUUCUGAGCUGUGUGGAAGAUAAGAAACGAAACAAGAACACGACGCAUCCUGAGCGAACCAUAGCGACAAUCCGAGAUCACGCUCAUCUUCUAGUGGAUUUCAUUGACGAUAUCAUUUGUGCCGUCUCAGACAAACCGCUCAAGCAUGGACAUCUCGAUCCGUACUCGAUUGCCUUCGAUCAGAUACAAAUGCUUUUAGCGAGAAUUCAUUCACGGUUGGAGCCGCUAGGAUUUCAGCGAAAUUUCUGGGAUUUCUUUGGUGAAGUGCUCGCAGAAGUAAUGUUUAGUCAGGUAGGAUUUUACACUAAUCUUUCGAUUCGGUUGCAGGAAUGUGUACGAGCGUAUCCGCAUGCUGGAAGUGCAUGGUCAUUGUUGAGUCUUAUGCUAAGUGAUAGCUUUCAUAAUGCAUCAAAAAAACCGAAAUUCCAGCCCAGUCCUUCAGUACAGGUCAGUUCGAUCAGAUAA